AUGGAACGAUUUUGGACUUUCGGAGCUCUAUUCCUUGGCUCCUUGGUUCUUUUUGGCGAUGCCUGCCUUUACCACUGUCUUUCUAGGGAACAUUGUGAUGAACAGGCACCCAUUUUGAAUUUUAAUCAGCCGUAUUACCGCACAAAUAGGUGCAGACCGUCUGAAGUUUGUUGCAAAACUCCCCGACAAAAUAAUCCUGUAAGAUGCGAUUUAUACCCGGAAAAUAACCAUCCAAAUAUUGCUCCUACUAUCAAUCCAAGUAAACCUUACUAUCCCACUAACUAUGGAGCUGAAAACCAACCGUGCGGCAAGAGUAAUCCAAAUGAAGAAAUGGAAUGGUAUCACUUCAACAAUCUAACGACUCCUGGUGAAUAUCCCUGGGUUGUGGCUCUGUUUAAAAAUGGAAAAUUCCUGGCUGGCGGCUCCCUAAUUGCACCAGGAGUUGUCCUCACUGCAGCCCAUCUCGUAAAAUAUGAGACCAAGGAUAAAAUUAUAGUCAGGGCUGGCGAAUGGGACCUUAAUUCCAACAGAGAGGGAUUCCAGUUUGAGGAGCGCGAGGUGGAGAAAAUAGUGUGGCACGAAAGGUUUGAUUUUCAAACAGGUGCCAACAAUAUAGCGCUUCUUUUCCUAAAGUCAAAAUUCCAGUUGAAGAACCACAUUCGAACCAUCUGUUUGCCCAGUCCAACAACAUCGUUCGAAGGACAUCGCUGCAUUGUUGCCGGUUGGGGAAAAACAUAUCCCACGGAUCCAAGCCAUUCGACCAUUCUGAAGAGAGUUACGUUACCGAUAAUAAAAAGAAGUACAUGUGAGCAACAGCUAAGACGAACAAACUUGGGUUGGAGCUAUCAGCUUCCCGAGAGUCUAAUUUGUGCCGGAGGUGAGUUAAACCAGGAUGCCUGCAUCGGCGAUGGAGGAUCAGCCUUGUUCUGUUCGAUCGGAGCCCGGAAUUCGGAUGUCUACAUGCAGGUGGGCAUCGUGAACUGGGGCAUCGACUGCGGAAAGGAAAAUGUCCCGGCAACCUACACGGAUGUGGCUAUGUUUAGGGAGUGGAUCGAAAAGAAUUUGUUAGAUUUUAACUACAAUUACUACAAUUAG